GCGCGUGAAAGGAUCACAGUGCGGAUCAAACAGACCGGUCUGUGAAAAGUCAGGGAAACCCAGUUGAAAAACUAUAGUAACAAAAUUGAAAAAAAAAAAUAUUAAUUACAAACUGCCUAAUAAAAAUUCCACACAUUGUUUCAAAAAAGAAUAUAUAUAUUCUUCAAUCUAAACAGAACCAUUCCAACCAAAAAAACCAGCAAAAGAAAUAAAACGCAAAUCAGCUCUUCUCGUGGCGCCAUUUAUUUGCAUAAUUAAAGCCGUUCGGUUAGAUGGUGGGCGAGAUUAGGAGUGGCUUGGAUGAUGGCAGUUAUUAAUUAGCACAUAUACAUCAUACGAGUGGAACUAGUUAGUCUGCAAUGAUGCAGGAGACCGGCAGUCAAAUGGGACAUACCCAUUUGCACCAGCGGACUCCUUUCAACGACACGGUCCUGAAGGACUAUCAUCUCACUAGCACCGAUAUCGAGAAGUUCGUAAAGCUAUGGCAGGAGUUCCAGAUGAAGAACAUGACCGCUCAGGUGGAUGAGUGCCAAGGCUAUUGCCAGGGGGAAAUAUACAACUGGUUGCGAGCCUACAACAGCAUCCAUGGAUACGUUUCGCUGAUGAUUUGCAUUUUCGGGACAAUAGCAAACAUCUUGAACAUAAUGGUCCUGACCAGAAAGGAAAUGGCCAAGACGCCCAUAAAUAAUAUACUUAAGUGGUUGGCGGUGGCCGAUAUGUUUGUGAUGCUGGAAUAUAUACCCUAUACAUCGUAUCAGUACAUAUAUAUGGGGCCAGGUGAAAAAGAUUUGAGCUACACCUGGGCGGUUUGUCUGCUGGUCCACAUGCACUUCACCCAGAUCCUGCAUACGAUUUCCAUCGGACUGACUGUCACGCUGGCGGUGUGGCGGUAUGUGGCUAUCAGACAUCCGAACGGGGGCUGUGCCAACUUCCUGCUAGCACAUUCCCGGGAGGCGAUCCUCCUGCCCUUCAUCCUGUCGCCGAUCCUCUGCCUGCCCACGUACUUUGUGUUCCAGGUGCGUGAGACGUACGACGUGGACAAGGUCAACUCGGAGGCCAUGUACCACGUUUACUUCGAUAAGGACUCGGUGCUCUACAGAUUCAACUUCUGGAUACAUUCCGUGCUCAUCAAACUUCUGCCAUGCGGCAUAUUAAUUGUGAUCAGUGCUGUACUUAUGCACGUUUUGUGCGAGGCAUCUAGACGUCGCUUGAAGCUGAGGGAUUACAACAAUCCCGCCAAAUAUGCCAUCCAGCUAAAUCUGAAUGAAACCAAAUCCAAGAAGCCGCCUCGCUGUGAUCGCCGAAACGAUCGGACUACCCUCUUGCUGGUUGCGGUACUGGUUUUGUUUCUGAUCACGGAGUUCCCGCAGGGAUUACUCGGCCUGCUGUCCGGGGUGAUGGAGAAGUGCUUCUUCGCCCACUGCUAUCCGCCGUUUGGAGAGCUGAUGGAUCUGCUGGCGCUGAUCAACGCCGCCGUGGGAUUCGUGCUGUACGGUCUGAUGUCGAAACAGUUCCGGACCACCUUCCGAUCGCUCUUCAUGAAGCGGCACUUUGGCAGCACCGAAAUGACCAGGUUGACCCGCGUAACCACGACUUGCGUCUAAUUGGACACAUCUAAAGAUGUGAUCAUGGGCAGGAGCAAACACUAGUGAGGGAUGAAGUAGGUGAGGGACAUCCAAGAUGUUCUGGUCCGGCAUUGAUUUUGAAUUUUCUAAAGCAUAAACUUUAUAAAAGUUUCGUUAUCUUGACUAAACAAACUAAAAUAUGAGAAACUGUGAGUGUGGAAUUAAUGUACGGGCUGACCAGUUGAUCAGUUGAUAUCCACGAAGGUUUACGUUUAGGUGUAGUCCUAAGUGGUUGACUGGUGCAUCGAUCGGUUUAGAAAUUGAUUCUGCUUGUGAUCUGGCUGUUUCGCAAAGUGCCAUUUCAUUUCCAAAUAAUAACAUUUACGUUUUACAUUGAUUAGUUUACCAGUUGGUGUUUCAAAUUCGUAUUAGUAUAUAAGUUUCAUAGGCUAAGUCAGUGCAAGCUGUACAAAUACGAGACAUUUACUUUUCCAUAAGAUGAGGAAAAACUGGAAACCAUCAGCAAAACUGUAGCUAUGCUAAGAGGACUGAAGAACUCACUGAGCCCCGAGUUGCUCAUUCUUCUUAGCUGGAAUCACGAAACAAUUCUAUUUUGAUUGUAUGGCGUUAAUUGGUUUUCAGCAAAAGUGCCAAUGCAUUUUACAUUGGCUAAUUGAAUAACCGUAUUUUGAAUACUUUUUAAGUCGCUUAUACUAUUUAUAA